AUGUCUACAGAGACGAUUUCUUAUUGGUGUUAUAGAUGCAGUCGUUUUGUGAGGUUAGGGAGACAAGAAACGGUGGUUUGCCCUGAUUGUGACAGCGGUUUCCUCGAGGAAGUUGAUCAACCGUCGCGCUCUAUCUCCCGCCGCCGACGUUUUCCGGCUGCAGCCAUGUAUAUGAUCGGUCAACGUCCUGGUUCUGGUUCUGAUCAUAAUCAUAAUUUCCGUCCGCCUUCUUUCCGAAGUACUCGCCGGAACGGUGGUGACCGGUCUCCUUUCAAUCCAGUUAUUGUCCUUCGCGGAGGUGGUGGAUCGAUGGAGGCUACAGAAGGAGACAACAAUAACAAUAACAAUAACAACGGCGGUGUUGUUGUUGGAGGUGGUGGAGGGAGCCGUGGGUUUGAGCUUUUCUAUGAUGACGGUGCUGGUUCUGGAUUAAGGCCUUUGCCUCCGAGUAUGUCAGAGUUUCUUCUUGGAUCUGGAUUUGAUAGAUUGUUGGAGCAACUUUCUCAUAUUGAAAUCAAUGGGAUUUCUAGAUAUGAAAAUCCUCCGGCGACAAAAGCCGCUAUUGAUUCUUUACCGACAAUUGAAAUUGACAAGACUCAUUUGGAAAUGGAAUCGCACUGUGCAGUUUGCAAGGAAGCUUUUGAAUUAAACACUGUUGUUAGAGAAAUGCCUUGUAAGCAUAUUUAUCAUCCUGAAUGUAUUUUACCUUGGCUUGCACUUCAUAAUUCUUGCCCUGUUUGUCGUCAUGAGUUACGGUCUGAUUCGGACGCCGGAACAAAUGUUCAAUCAGAAUUGCAAUCACAAGCACAGCCACUGCCGCAAACGCAGACGCACUCACAGUUGCCUGGUUUGAAUGAGGAAGAGAAUAAUGUUGGGUUAACUAUAUGGAGAUUACCUGGUGGUGGUUUUGCUGUGGGGAGAUUUUCGGGUGGGAGAAGAGGUGCUGAGAGGGAGCUUCCUGUUGUUUAUACUGAAAUGGAUGGUGGGUUUAAUAAUGGUGGUGAACCGAGGAGGAUUUCUUGGUCUUCUAUUGGGAGUAGAGGGAGGGAGAGAGGUGGUGGUUUGAGAAGGUUUUUUGGGAGUUUAUUGGGUUGUUUUGGCGGUGGAGUUGAGAAUCAACGAGUCGUUUCGAGUAGAGAGACGAGGUCUUUGAGAACUAAUUCUUCUCAUUCUUUAGGUAUGGAUCCAUCUCAGCGGUCGCGAAGGACUUGGUCUAUGGAUGUAAACAGUGGAAUGAGAUCAUGGUAG